AUGUCGCAGACGGGAUGCAGUCUUCAGAACCUGGUGCAGGAGUUCUUCACGCUGCAGGCACACCGCUUGGUCACCUACAAGCGCCUUGAGGAGAGCCACGACGCGUACCUGGGAUCGGCGCCCGAUUACGACUUCCCGCGUUACCGGCAGGCGGUGCACGACGCCACGCAGGCCUUCGCGGAGUCCUCGCGGCGUGCGCUGGUGGUGCAGGAGGAGCUGCGGGUAGCGGCUGGAGUUGGGUCGCCCGAGCGGGCCGAGCUGGUGGCUCACAUCUCCCGCGUGCAGGAUGCGGAGAAGGAAAAGCUCCAGCUGACGGCGCAGCUUCAGCUGGCGAAACAGAGUGCGCUGGAGCACCUGGGAGAGGAGGCCUACGAAGAUCAGGUCCACCUCUACAGGCAGAGGCUGAUGAAGGUGAUGGAAAAAAUCGGCGAGAUCUUGGAAGACUUCAAGUACGACUCGGAAGACGUGGAAUAG